ACUGUCAAAUAGUGGUAGGUUUACACGGUCACCAGCCAGCCUUGUCUUCUGUCAGCAGUAACAUAUGUUGGCUUAUCAUAAAGGUAAAUGCCAAGAAUUUACUUUCUUUGCUUACAUGUACUAAUGAACUUUGGCCUCCUCUGUUCAUUAAUAGCUAAUAACAAGAUCUUGGAGGAUAACUUUUACUAGCAUUUCAAUGAAGAAUGAUAUCCUGGCCAAACUUAAGAAUAACCACUCCAAACCAAUAUAUAUUCGUAGUAAUUUAGCACGUGAAAGAAUUAUCAUUAUAAUGCAUUUUCGUAUACGUUUUACCUUGGGGAGGGGCCAGGGGGGCAAGCGUCUUUAAUUAUAGAGUUAGGUGGCAUGGAUUUUCUAAGUCCAUUGUUAUUGUUUCACAACUGCCUCUAUACACAGACUGAGCCUCAUAGUACCUGCCUUGCAGUGCACCCUUCAAACUGGUUCCUAAGUCAGUAAUAUCCAAAAUGCGCAUGGAUUAUAAUGAUUUCGGACAAAAAAACGGUCUUUUAAGAGUUUUACAUUAUUUUUUUCUCUAUAUUAAAGCAACUAAUGCCGCAGCUAUUUGUAUUUUCUAAUACAUUCGUAAAAUAUUACUACGCGAGGGUAUCAGCGGCGGCACCUAAUGGCAGGUUCCUGAAGUCAGUUGUUUUCAAGCCGCCAUAAUGGAUGGAAGGCCCGACACUCACUCCCUCAAAAUAUCAGUCUACUUCACCUUUCGGGUUGGUUGUUGAGGGAAGCAAUGGGGAGUAUGUUUACCUGAGUCCUGAGGAGAGGGUGGAACUGGUGCAUCGCGUCCGAGAGUUCCUUCCACGGAAAUCAGACAAGCUGCUGCUGGCUGGCUCAGGCUGUGAAUCCACACGUGACACCAUAGCCAUGAGUCAGAGGAUGGCGGCGGCUGGUGCUGAUGCGGUCAUGGUGGUCACGCCGAGCUACUACAAAGGGGGCAUGAAGGACAAGGCGCUUCAUGCACACUUCACUGCCGUGGCUGACAACUGUCCUGUCCCUGUCAUACUGUACAGUGUUCCAGCAUUCACUGUAAUUGACCUGAGCCUUGAUGUGAUAUUAGACCUCGCUCAACAUCCCAACAUCAUCGGCAUUAAGGAAAGCGGAGGCGACAUUUCAAAAAUUGGCAGCAUUGUGCACAAGACCCGGGACGCUGAUUUUCAAGUGCUAGCGGGAUCAGCCAGUUUUCUGAUGGCAACACUGCAGAUUGGUGGUGUGGGUGGUGUGUGUGCCUUGGCCAAUGUUCUGGGAGAGGCGGUGUGUGACCUGCAGACACUGGUACAACAGGGCAACAUGGCUGAUGCUGUACAGUUGCAGAGGAAACUCAUUGCUCCAAAUGCUGCUGUGACCAAAGGGUUUGGCAUCCCUGGGCUGAAGCAAGUCAUGGACUGGAAGGGGAUGUACGGAGGCCCCACACGAGCGCCGCUGCAGCCACUCACACAACAGGAGACUGACAAGCUGAGGAAGGUGUUUACCGACACUGGCUACCUCUGAGAAGCCAGCCAGCAGCGCCGCCAAUAAUCUGAGUCUUAAGAUAUCACUGAUUGCUCGUGGUGGUGGAGUAUUUUGGGUGACAUGGGUAGUGGUGGAGUAUUUUGGGUGACAGGUGGUGGUGGAGGGUUUUGGGUGACAUGGGUUGUGGUGGAGGGUUUGGGGUGAUACAUCAUCAUUAACAUCUGCAUUCUUUCAUCCCUUUCACUGGUGAACUUUGGAACAGCCUUCACUCUGCUGUAUUUCCUCUUUCAUUUGGUAUCAACCAUUUCAAGAAGGCAGUAUGAAGACACUUGUCAAACUAUUUUUAGAAUCUCUUGGCUUCUAUUAUCUUUGCAGGAGAAGCAUUUCUGUAAUACAUUUUAUUCUUUUCAUUUUUUAUCUUCUAUAUAUGUCUAAACAAUUUCUCAAAAAGAUUGUUGAAUGCAUGCCAAUACUCUAAGUGGGUGCUGAUGUCAUCUUCUAAGGGGUUCCUUUCAAAUAAUCUUGAGAGUGGAGUUCUCUAGGAGUGAGUGGUUUGUCCUAUUGGGAAGGACAGUUUAGUGGGUUCAAGUUUUUUUUGGAUGCUGGUCUUACUUUCUUUGCCUCCUUUCAUUCUUCAGUGCCAUGUUCUCUAUGGGUCAAUGGGUUGACCUUAUGGGAAAGACAGAAGUAAUGCAUGUCGUUUUUAUGAGUCACUCAUUUUCAUCAGGGUGUAGUGUGAUGUGUGAGGGUGAUUUGAGCAGCUGUAAGUGAUAGCAUAGCUGGGCGUUAUCGCGAUAAGUUAUCGCGAUACUUUAUCGCUGAUAACAAAAUCGGAUUAUCGACCAUCCGCUACUUAUUUAAAUAUAUAUCGGUAUCUUCGUUACUUUUGUAACCUAACUUGCGAUAAUCGCUACUUUUUUUCCGCCUCUCAGAAAACAACGUUGUCUCCCUACUGCGCAUGCAUGGCCUGGUGUUGUAUGAAAAAACUUCGGGGUAUGAAAUAUCUUCGGUGAUGAGAUUUCAUGCUUAGAUCAUGAAAAUUAAAACACUAGGUUAUUUUUUUUUAUGCUACUCAAAAAUCAAUAUAUCAUAGAGAAAAAUCAUUUAACUUUGCCCCAAAAAUGAUUAUUCACUGCCUCAAAUUUGAUAUUCCAUAUUCGUUUGUGACCAUGCCAUGAUACUGAAGGCACCUGGUGUUGUGUUAUUUGGUGUCCCAUCGUCAAAAGUUGGCGCUUUUGUUUAUAAACACUGGUCUCUCGUGAACUGCGCAUGCUCAGGCCAUUAAGUGUAGACCUGUUCAGUCUCACAAUGGUUUUUUAACACAUUAAGAGUUGCUGGAAAGCUGAAUCAAACAUACAGUACCACCAUCCUCGCUGUUUCUAGAACGACGUACACUCUGUACAUAUAAAUACAACUCGUACAGAGUGUCGUUCUAAAAACAGCGAGGAUGAUGGUAGUGGUACUAAAUGUCUGAUUCAGCCUUCCAGCAACUCUUAAUUACAGUUUAAAAGCUUUGUGAGACUGUACAGGGCUACGCUUGCUGGUCUGAGCAUGCACCGUUCACGAGAGACCAGUGUUUGUAAACAAUUUUUGACGGUGGGGACGCCAAACAACACAACACCGAUUCAGGCAUUUUUAGUAUUACCGUCCAUAUGUACGUGUCAACGUGUGGUUUUAAGGUUUUGUAAGUUUCCUAAAAUACAGAUAAUGAAAAUUUGAAUUCAUCAAUGUUGUUCUAUCUGAAAUAUCAAUAUAGUAUCGUUUUCGCCUAUUGGACUUAUCGCUAGCUAGUAUCGGAAUUGUGGAUUUAUAUCGGGUAUCGGUUAUCGCCUAUAUUUGUGUCUCUAGUUAACGAAUAUCGGUUAUCGCCGUUAAGGUUUUUCAUUAUCAGUUAUCGGUUAUCGGGAAUAAGGUUUUCUGUUAUCAUGCCCAGCUAUGAGUGAUAGUACAAUAGUAUCAGUGUGAUCAGAGCAGCUCAGCAUAACAGGUGGGUUGUGGAUGAAGUAAGUCUGCACAACUUUAGUCUCAAAAAGAAAGCUUUACUGACAACAAAAUUUCAGAAGUUUAUAUGUGCUUAUUUUUGUAUUAAAGUAUCGAAAUGCACGGGUAAGUUAUAUGAUCAUGGAGGGAGUGGGGAGGGAGUGGUACAUACCUCCAGCAGGUUUAUUGGUGCACCUCCAGGAAUAGUUUUUAGGAUUCAUGAAGUAAAAGGGAGGUUGGGAGGGAGGCAACCUGGGUUCAUACUUAACAACAGGCCUGCAUGUGAUAAGCAUUUAUGAGGAAUCUACGUAGUGAUAUUUUCCUUGUUAAAAAGAGUAUGCAGAGUUUUUAGUCAUGAUAUCAUGUGCGUUAAAGAAUGUAAUGUUUAAAUAGCAAUGUUUUAUUAUAAUGUUUGCAGGA